AUGUUACGGUCCGUAUUCCUGCGUCCAGUAGACCGUCCGUAUAUGGACCGUAUCAUUCGACCUGGGAUCCCAUUGCAAUGGCUUAUAAUCAUCAAACUGGUUAUUCAUUACAAACAUGGUACUCGUAUGAUUCAUUUUACUGGUAAAAAGCAACUUCCGAUUGUAAUUGUUAUCUAUCAUCCUCCUGGUUCAUCACAUAAAAGUGAAUCAUAUCGACUUCAAUUAGACAGCGAAGGUCAUUUAACAGUCAUGGCAUUAGAAAAACAAUUUAAACUUGAAUUAGUCUCUGAAUGUGAUGAAGACGGAAAGUAUUCUGUUAUAAUUGCUUAUAAUCAUCAAACUGGUUAUUCAUUACGAACAUACGAUAAUGGAAAUGUAGUUCAUAUUACUGGUGAGAAUGGUAACUUUCAUUCAACAUUCAUAGUGAUAUAA